CUGCUGCUUACAUUCAAAUGAUUUGUGUGUUGCUCUGUGUUUUUUGUAUCCAAGUCCUCAACAAGGUUGAAUAUGGCAACAGCAGCUGUUAACAGAACUCUGACAGCUCAUCCAGCACCAAAUGGAGUGAACCUACACACUCACGCUAACAACGGUGGACCAACCUCUGAGCAGCAAGAGCCAGGACUGCACUGUGCCAGUCAAGACCCAGGACUUUCAUCCCAUCCCCAACACCACUUCCCUGCCCGGCCUUUCUUCUACGUCCAUGCUCCACCCCCACCCCCUUUCUUCCACUAUCAGUGGCCCAUGCCCUUCUCCUAUAACCCCUUUGCUGGCUUCCCAGGCAUGGGCUAUGGUAUGGUAAUGCCACCAUUCCCUCCUCCUCCCUAUAUGGAGGCUCCAGCCUACAUUUUGCCCCACCCUCACCUUCAGCCAGUCGACUACAGACGUUUGCUCCACCCCCAGGUCCACGUUCCCAGUGUACCCUACCAGAACCCAAACCCUACACACAGAAGUCGCCCACCUCAUACUGGCCCUGUUAGAGAAACCGUGAACUCUGAGGUCCAAACAGAACCCACACAUAGAGGCGUAGGUGGUUACGGCGUGGAAAGCCCACUCGUCGGCUCAGAUUCUGGUCGUGGAACAGCCUCAAACUCUCCAUCACCCUCAAGCUCGAGCUCCCAAAAACAAGGUGCUGCUGAGGUAAAGAACUAUACCUUACCCAGCAGUAAUGCAAAAUGCAUCCAGGUUAAAAGGACAAGCACAAGUAGCACAGUCAAACACGGCUUUAACGUCCUACAUCCUAAAGAAACAAAGACCGUCCAGUCAUGUAUCAGAGCAACUCUAGAAACACAGAGUGGCCUUAAGGAUAGUGUUGGACAGGGAAAUGGGCACUGCAAUAUGUGGUCAGUGAGUUCGCCAGAUAGUAUGGUUCCUGUGUGCAGCUCUUCUCAACAAGAGGAGGAGGUUGUCAAAGAAAGACGUACCUCUGUUCCUGACAUUCUGAUGAGUUGGGGAGGUGGUACGCCACAGGCGAAGAUGCUGACAAUGGCAGAUGAGCUGCGUCAGAAUGACCACCAGCUGCCAUCCUACGAAACGCAAGCAGAGCAUAAGGCUGUUCACCAAAGUGCAACAGGGUCCAAAGAUGGUCCAGUGGUGGCUGACUGUGCAUAUGCUAAUGAUGAUGCUGAGGAUAACUUAAGCUUUAAGGACAGUGCAACCCUUUUCAAGAUCCUCAAACUGAGAGAAGCUUAUAAAGGGCGAAGGGCAGAGUCCAGAAGAGACAAUGAGCCUGUGGGAUUGGUUGGGUCUGUAAGGCCUUGCCUACCCUGCAGAGAUGAACUACCACAUUCACGAGAUGCAUCCCAUAAACUCCCUGACAAUGAGCAAGAAAAUGGCAACGAGACAAAUCCAUAUGAAGACACAACAGAGAGCAUUCCCUAUCAAAUAAAUACUAGCUCUCAGAUGAGAACAAUUAAUGAGUCUGUUUGGUCUGUGGAGUCUCUGGCCCCCUUUAUCCCUAAUGAGGAAUGGCUGCUGCAGCACAACAUGUUUGAGCCUGAUGUAAUUGUUGAAAUGACAGAAGAAGACGAAAAUGCUAGAUUGUCUCUCCAAAACGACGACGUCAUUGUCAAAUCUAGUAAAGAGAGGCCGACUUGCAGGCUCAUUUUCAGUUCUCCGGCUGAGAAGCAGAGUCCACCAAAGAAGCCAGAAAUGGAGAGAGACAUUGAUACCUCUGAAAUGAGGAGCCCAAAGCAAGGCCAGAGCAUGACUCCUUCAGAAAAGGAUCACUCUGCUUCCCUGACUCACCUGCAGAGUAAAAUUAUUUUAUCUACCCCUACGGAAGAGGAUGUGGACAAAAAUGGGUCUUCUGAACCAGAGGCUGAUCGAAGCCCAAACCAGGAAUCUCUCAUUGUAAAUGAGCAGCAGAAGAGAAGGCCCUGCUCUCCUGAGCAGGAAGAAGCCCUCUUCUUGAUCUCUGCAGCAGGGGAGAAAAUCUAUUGUGCAGGCCAGCCGAUUCUCCAAAACGGAGUGGCAACCGAGCUGGUGGAUGAAGCAUGCGGGAACGAAGAAGACAGUCGGCAGAGAAACGAGCAACUGUGUGUCCCUAUGGCUGACCAGAAGAUGGCCGAAGUGUCGCCGUCAAAGGGACAUUUAGUGGACUGUGGCGUCCAGUGUACUGAGUUAAAGGAGUGGAAGUGUCCAUGUGAGGAGAUGAGGUGCAUGGGACCAAGCAGAAGGCAUCCUUUUAAAUAUCCAGAUAUGAAGAAAGCAAACAAUGGCCAUGGAGAAGGAUUAUACAUGAAGGGACAGAUACAGAAAAACCAGAGGAAGUACUGGAAGAACAGGGGUCAAGGUAAUGCAGCUACAGAAAAGCAGAGCAGCCAGCAGGAAGGCUACGCCGGAUACUGUGGCAAACCUGGGAAACCCCAAGUUUGUUGCUUCUUACAGGUGGAAAUGGAAGAAACCCACGGUACUGAACACUGACUGCACUCUACAAGGCAACCCUUGGUUUUAAAGAACAAAUUUAAUAUUAAAAUGAGUUUUAAAUUAAAAAUGUAAUGCAAUUUUUCAAUAAAUGUUUUGUAUGUCAAUA